AUGUCGACCUCGACAGCUGGACCAGUCUUCUGGAAGCCAGGCUCGGCACGGCCCGGUAGCUCUCUCGAUCGGUCGUCCGAAUCUGCACCCCUCAUCACAUCUCUCCCUCCGCUAUCUCCAUCUUCUUCCGGCCAACUACCCAUCCAUGCACAGCGACUCACCAUCCUGCACGCACUCGAAGCCCAACAGAUUCUCAUCAUCGUUGGCGAGACCGGCUGCGGCAAGACCACCCAACUGCCCCAAUUCCUCUACAACGCCGGCUGGGCCUCCUCCCCUUCCACAACCGGCAUCAUCGCAUGCACGCAGCCUCGUCGCGUCGCAGCCUCCACCAUCGCCGCCCGCGUAUCCGCCGAGCUCGGCACCAAACUUGGCCAGGAGAUCGGCUACACGAUCCGGUUCGAAGACAACUCGGAUCCGCGCACUACGAGGAUUCGGUACAUGACGGACGGUGCCUUGUUUCGCGAGUGUGUGCGCGACCCGCUGCUGACGCGCUACAGUGUCGUGAUGGUCGAUGACGCGCAUGAGAGAGAAGUGUACACGGAUCUGUUGUUAGGCGUGCUGGCGAAAAUUUGCAAGAAGAGGCGCGAGUUCAGGGUGGUCGUGUCGAGUGCGACGAUCGAUGCGCUGCUGUUCAAGGAUUUCUUUGAGGCGGAGGGAGUGAGUUCAGCAGUGCUGAGGCUGCAAGGCGGGCGGUCAUUUCCAGUCCAUACGGCGUUUUUGGAGGAACCAUGCGCAGACUACGUACAGCAGACGAUCGAUACUAUCUGGAACAUCCACCUCAGCGAACCCAAGGGGGAUAUACUCGCAUUUCUCACCGGUCGAGAAGAGAUCGAAUACGCCCUUCAGCAGCUGUCGGAUCGACAAGCCGACUUGCCUGGAUCUGCGGCACGGAUGCAUCUGCUGCCGCUGCAUGCGGGACUCUCAGCCACGGAGCAGGUCGAGAUCUUUGCUCCCGCCCCCACGCGGGAUACACGCAAGGUGGUGGUUGCGACUAACAUCGCCGAAGCUUCCAUCACGCUAGACGGGAUAGUGUACGUGGUCGAUUGUGGAUUCGUCAAAGUGCGCACCUCGCACGCUGCCGCCGGAAGCAAGACGGGAGGAGGGAUAGACUCGCUAAGCGUACAGCCCAUCAGCCGGGCAUCUGCGAUCCAACGUGCCGGGCGAGCGGGUCGUACUCGAGCAGGCAAAUGUUUCCGCUUGUACACUGAAGCGUCGUUCCAGCAACUGCGCGCCACCACCGCUCCUGAGCUGCACAGAGUCGACCUGUCGAGUACGAUUCUGAUGCUCAAGCUGCUGGGGAUCGAUAACCUGGUCAAGUUCGACUGGGUGCCUCCUGCGCCGGCGCCCGAAGCGCUUGCCGCGGGCCUGCAGAAGCUGGUGCAGCUCGGGGCGCUGGACGACCACGCUCGUCUAACCGAGAGCGGGGGGUGGAUGGGCGAGCUGCCGCUAGCGCCGCACUGGGCGCGCAUCCUCCUUGCCUCCGCCGAACCGCGCCAUGCGUGUGCCAGCGAGAUUUUGAGCAUCAUCGCAAUGCUGCAAGUCACGCAUCCCUUCUUCGACCCGCAGUCGGCGCAGACCCAGCUGAGCGUUCGAGGGUUCGCCGCACAGCAAGGAGACAUGUAUACACUGCUCAACGUGUACCUCGCCUUCACUGCCGAGCGUGGACGCAGCGCCAAAUGGUGUGCCCGCCACAGACUCAACUUCUCCGCACUCAGCCGUGCCGUCAACAUCCGCGCACAGCUCGAAAAGUUCCUCCUCCGCUUCGCUGCCGCCACGACCUCGUCGUCACUAGAUCCACGAUCCUCGAUUCUGGGCAAGCAAGAUGCAGUGGAACGUAUCACCAAAUGCCUGCUCACAGGGCUGUACCCGAAUCUAGCGAGGUACGACGAGUCUUCCAUGACGUACACCACUGCUUUGAGCAACACGGUCGUAAACGUGCACCCGACGAGCUUGUUCUUCAAUCGCCGCCCGGAUGCCGGCAAGAUGUGGGUCUUGGGUCACGGAGGCUGUGCCUGGCGUGUACAGGGUGGAUACGCGGUGGGGUGGUGA